GUGAUGAAUUAUUGCAGGGUGUCUGAAGUGUGUUUAAAAACGUAGUGACUUUCCUGAAUUGGAGUCGCCUGAAAAUGGACGAAGAGAUAACAGACGGUUACAGUGAGCCAUGUGGACUUUGUGGCUUGGUGUGUUGGGGUGUUUCAGACGGAGGGCAAUUAUUCUGUAAAAACUGCCAUAAUGUGAUUGAGAGAACAAGGGAAGUUGAGGAUAUGAACACAUUGCUGUUCAACCACAGGAUCUCCACUUUCUCAUCAGGCAAACGGAAGCGGGGUGGAAGAGAAGGUGCACGAGACUGGAUGGUAUGUGAAGGCUUUCAGCUGAUCCUCAAACAUCAAGCUGAAGCUUUGGUUGAUCUGGGUGUCUGCCCUCAGUUUAAGACAGAUGUGUUAUGGAUUUUCUGGAAGCGAUACCUGCAGAAGACCAAACAGGCAUACACAAGAAAUCCAGUGAACAGUGACAGAAGUUUAGUGGAAUGGACCAGCGACAGUGGGGCAGUAUCAUCUGUUGCUUUCAGUGAAGCAUCAUGGCAUGAUGAGACUGCCUCAGUGAAGGGAGACCACAAAGUCUCGGGAUACUCUAGUGAUGGGAGAUCUUCAGUGUGUUCAGGCUCUAUGGAUGCCGAACACUACUUUAGAAGGAGAGAAAGAAAGUACCUGAUGAGCAUGUCCCGAACACUGGCACUCUGCCAUCUGGCUCUGCUUUGGGUUCGGGAGGCUAUUACUCUGGCGGACUUGCUCAGGUUGGUAUCCAAGGGCCACAUCCCUUAUAUUAAUGCUCAUGAACUUUUUCCAGAAGAGAUGAGGUUCUUUGGUAAAGAUGCCCUGAUUUUUAGAGUCGAGUCUAUCCCCUCUUACAGAAAGGUUCAUAGGGAGACAGUGGAACUGGCUGCACUAAUCGAGCUGCCCACUUUCCCUCCGGUGUCUCAGGAUUGCCUCCUUCAUCCAGCUCUGCUCAGUCUACGCUAUUUGAUGGAUGCUAACCUUCCUGACAAACUCCAUGAAUUGGUUUGUAAAGUAAUACAGGCAACAUCUAUGGGGAACGAAUCCUUUCUGACAUUUGAUCCUACUGGGAGAAAGCCUAAACUUCUGUGCUAUGAUCUUCAGGCUGCAGCCUUAAUUGUUGUGACCAUGAAGCUUCUGUUCAGGCUGGACGAUAAGAUGGAGUGGAAGUUGGCUAGGAAAGCAUGCGACAAAGGAAAUAAAAUGGACCAGGGCUGGAAAAAGAAAAAAAAAGGCAAAGGUGGAAAGAUGUUUAGCCUAAGGACGUGGUUUAUGAUUUUACAGCCGGCACUGGAACGAGCCAGGGAAAAAGAAAAGCAUGCCAAGGCCAUGCAACAGUGGAAAUCUAAGAAGACCAUCAUUCAAUCUAUGAAAAAUAAAACCAUCGUACUAAAACGGAGACGUGUGGUAGAACAGCUGCAGAGCACUUUUCAAGCUCUUUCUGGCUCAGCUCCAGAGCAGGAGCCUUCCUCCUCAUCCACUUUCUUCUUUCUCUGGGGAGACGAAGAUGGAGCUGAUGGACCCAGUUUUCGUAACAAGUGCCUGGACUGUUUGAUGAUUAAAAGGCAAAAAAUCUGGCACCUUGUCAACCGUAAAUAUUGGCACACUGACUUGAGGAAGUGCCUUUCAUGGUGUAAAGAACACUUCUCUGACCUAGGGCCUACUUUGCCCAGGAUGUAUGUGUGGUUGCUGGGCCUCUUCUCUUUCAUGCUGGGUGUUGAAGAUGCGCAGUUGCACAGUGCGGUUGUCCAGGUGGAGCAACGACUGCUGACAAAAUCUUGAAUUACUCUGUAAUUGUUGGAUUGUUUUUUUUCUUGUGUGUGAACAGUCCGCUGUUCCACAUAAGAGGUGUGUGAAGCAACCUUUGUAAGGUUUCCAGUCUUACACAAUUCUGUGUUUUUAUGCUGUAAAUAUUGAUAAAACAUUUUUUUAUUUAGUAAAUGUUAUUAUUUAGGAAUAUUUGCAGGGUUUUUUUUUGGUUUAUAGCAAAGUGAUAAUAAACCUGACAUUGUAA